GACGUUGAUGCUCGCCAAACCGUAGAAAAAGGUUAUUCAGCCCAUAAAUAUUUGGGCUACCUUUAAAUUACUACUAUAAAUUCAAGGUUCUCAAGCUUUCAUCGGGGGUUUUAGCUAUUUGUUUCUCCGUCGUCUCUACGUUCCCCGCUUCGUUGUCCCUUGCUUUCUCCGGCGACCUAGGUUUUCACUUUUCAGCAUGAGUCGGUCAGGACAGCCUCCGGAUCUGAAGAAGUACAUGGACAAGAAGCUCCAGAUCAAGCUGAAUGCCAAUCGCAUGGUGGUUGGGACUCUACGCGGUUUUGACCAGUUCAUGAACUUGGUGGUUGACAACACUGUGGAAGUGAAUGGCAAUGAGAAGAUCGAUAUUGGGAUGGUGGUUAUCAGAGGAAACAGUGUUGUCACUGUUGAAGCUCUUGAACCAGUUGGUAGAACGCAGUAGAUGGUCUCAGGUUGGAUUCAUCUGGUUAUGGAAUGUUAAUGAGUUUAAUGAUGUUGUGAUGCGGUGAGUCUGUACUGUGAGCAUUGCUUUUUGUUGCAAUUGCAUCUAGUAGUUUCAGGUCUGUAUUUUUGCAUAUCUGUAAACCAGAAUUUAACAUUUUCUAUUAACUGGGGAACCUCAAAAUGACUUAGCCAUAUAUUUAUUGCCCAUGCUUCUUCUAGCUUUGUUCUUGUUCUUGAAAGGAGGGCUUUAGAUUAAAAAAAUUCAGCUUAACCUUCAAUCUCAUCUCCGUCUCUCUCUGCCUGGGUUCAAAAUCCAGGCGAAGCUGACCACCAAGUUAAGUUCUUCUAUUUUGUGUUGAUCACUCUGAACUGAUGCUAUGAAUAUAAAAUGUAUGCAUGAUAUCUAUGUUGCAUCACUUAAAGCAUUAAUUGGCUCUUCCGGCCUCUAAAAGCUUAGAACUUAACCGUUCUUGUGUACUUGCUUAAAGGUUGUUGCUUUUUGACUAACUUGGUGCCCUCUGUCUGGAAUUAUCAUAUGGUGAGUUGUACCAGUAGUUUUAAACAAUGAAAUAGGAUUUGACUUACAUAUGCACUUCACGAUAAAAGCGAAAGAUUUUUUGGUUUUGGAGAACAUAUUUCUCACAUGGAUUUCAAAGCGAGUGCCAAAUAUUUGUUUAGGAGGAGGGGGAAUUGGGGAAGGAGAUUGACCGAUAACAUUUGCAGCUAAUUUGCUUGUUACAUAUUGAAUGAAGAAUACACAUUCUGUACUCUUGAGUCCUCAAGUUUCGUUAUAUGAAAUUAUGUCCUUCAAUUACUUCAAGUCAUUCAAUAUGCGCCUUUGCCUUCUACACUACAUCAAAGACGAUUGGUGUGAAGCAAUUCAUAAUUUAUGGCCAUUUUGUGCAGGGGCACCCAAUUUACUUAGAGAAAAAUGAAUCACAAACUCUUGCAAUGAGCGGAAAUGAAAUAAUAUGCGCACGAGAGAAAAUUACUCUAAGCACAUGAAUUUCAGCAGCAAGAUAUGAAUGACAACAAAUGCAACAUAAAAGGAAAUACAAAAUUAAUUUCUCUGUGACUCACUAGAGAAAAAGAUUGAUUACAUUCUUUAUACGAAAGAAUACCACCCGUCUCUUUACCUUCAACUUCACGGGUACAACUAUGAACUAUUCAUGUCUUCCAUCUAACACGACAUGACAGUUUGGAUACAGGUUUUCUUUCACUAUGUUUCGCUGAUUGCCUACGAGCUUUCAACAAUUGAAUCUUGUUCCUUGAAGAACUUUUGGUAUCUAAAUCCGGAAAACAUUGCCCCCCUAUGAUUUAACGGUGGAAGCAUUGAUAUCAUAAGGACAAUGCAUCUAAACUAUAUCAUUUUUGAAUUCUCUGGAUACAGUUUAUUUAAUUUCUUACAUAAUUUUGUACAGUUUGUUAAAAUUUCGCUUGUUUAUUAGUCUUUUUCUCUCCAUGGUUCUGCAAGGAAUGCGAUUUACAGUUUUUCACCUGGAAGAAUUUCACAUCAGAGAACGGCAAACACAAUAUAACCUGCACAAAUCAGAAUUUAUGACACGGAAACUGAAGCGGCUAUAAAAUCUUACAGAUAGAAGUUGUGUAGAAGAGAAAUUUGAAGAAAUUGAUCUAUCUGAGGUUGAGCUAUAUCGAUGACCAAUGGAUGCGCAAGAGUUGACGAGUGUUUGAAAUGCAACCCUGGCAGAAUCAUAAAUCGUGAACUGACAUCGGUAUUAGGUAUUAAUGGAGCUUUGAAACAAAAUCUGACUUUGUUUUUCCUCCAUUUGAGUUGCUUUACUGUCCUCAGAUGCAUAUAUAAAAUAAAAUAAUUGAUGCCAUCUUCAGCACACUAAAAUACCAUCGACGGGGAAAAGAAAAGUCUACCGGUGGGAGAGUUGGGUGGAAUGAUUAGGGCAUUAGGAUUGGGGAUGGUUAUUAUUGGGGGUGGAAGGUUCGAUUUUCACUAUAGUCAUCCAAUUUUAAGAAAAAAAAAUCUACCUUCAAAUAAAUUAAAUGUCAAUUGGACAAUAAGAAUAUCAAAUAAUUUCUGGUUUGGUAUACCUCGAGCCAUAUGCAGUUUGUCAAUGGAGACAAAUUAGAUAUUCUCUAACACUAUUAUGUAACACUACAAUUAAACACGUG